GUGUCCAGAAGUGAAACCCGAUGUCGUGCUCUUUCUUGUGCAAAAUUCUUCAGAAAUUUAACACCUUGAACACCUUUUGUUUUGCCUCGCCCUUCCUGUGGUUUAAUAUCUCAUCAUGACUUCAGCUGGCCAAACAGACGCAGGGCUGACGAAGGCACAGGUGCGGGCAGGACAAAACCCUCUGGUGCCGCCUCUGUCGCUGCCUCACUAUGUUGAUCCUGGAUCGGCCUCCUCGUGUCCCCACAGCUGCCACAGCUUGGGCCACUGUCUCCGCACCAACAUAUUUCCAGGUGCUCCUCUGACAUGGAGAUCUCUCGCCCAGGACUCCUUCGUCAGCCGCCCUGUGACUCGCCUACCGACGCCCAUCUCUGGUUCGGCCACAAGACAGAUGAAAUGGUCCAGUGGACAGAGAAAAACAUCAUGAACCAGAAACUCAACAAGACACUGACGGAAAUGGAAAAAAAGGGCACCGCAAAAAGAGGUCCUGCUUCCUUCCCUGAGACCACAACACAUACAGCACCUUGUGAUUCACACUUUUGGUUAUUUUGAAAAUGCAAAAACAAAGUGUGAUUCGCUACCGUGCAUGUUAUUACACUUGUCACUUAACAAUAACAAACAAAAAGACGAUUAUGUUGGAGAUGAAAUACCACUAGAAAGAUUAUUGGUUAGACAAAAUAUAUAUGUGAUAUCCCUUUGGUUGAGGCUUAACCAAGCUGUAAUCAUUUGGCUGCUACAGCGCAGCAGUGAAAAUAUGCUGUGUUCAUGAAUACGCUGUAAAAUUUCUAAAGGAAGCUAAAACAAAAACAAUCAUUAAACUUUAUUCAUUUUAUUCACGUAA